CACCACGCUGCCUCAUAUAUAUAGAAGGGCAACAAUAAAUCCUGGAUUGUUGGUCCCUAUAUUACCAUGAUUAACUUGAAUUAUGUCCCUGUAAUUGUACUUUUAUUUUAUCUAGCCAACCCUCACACACAAAGAUUGUCUGAUCUUAGUGAUCUUUACUCACCCCUCCUUCCUGUUUGAACCACAUGUGCUCAUGCUCAUUAUGAUUCAGUCUUGUCAGUGAAGCCAGAGAGGACAGACCUCAUGUCAUUUUUUCUUAUAUUAUGUUAAAUAAAUCAACCUUCUUCAUCAAGAAACAGAGUUUUUCAUUUUGCCUUCUUAAUUACAACAAUGUUACAAACCCCAGUGCAACAGUCACUGGCUGUGUGUCCUUGUACAACACACUAUAGACUAUAGGUCUAAUCAGGGCGCUGCACAGAGGCGAACGGCAAUGGUGCUACUACUCUGUAGUCCUGGGCUGGUGUUUCUACUACCUCAUGUACUGUAUAGCGAACGAGCUACCGACUGAACCAGCCGACAGCAGGACCAUCUUCAAAGACUUUGCGGAGGACAGCCUGUGGCCAGUUCUGACGUCCGCCCUGGCUGUGACCCUGGCCGGCCUGUCUGUGGUGAAGGGGGUGAAGACGAUAGAGAAGGUGUCUCUGUUCCUGGUACCCGUCCUUCUGCUCAUCCUCCUCUUCACCUUCGUCUGGUCACUCACCCGGGACUACGCCGACAUGGGCAUCACUUACCUGUUCACCCCCAACUGGGAAUCGCUGGGCAACCCUCGCCUGUGGAUCGAUGCCCUCAGCCAAAACGCCUUCGAUACCGGCGCUGGCGCUGGCCUUAUGGUACCGUACUCGUCUUUUAUGACCAGGAACCACGGCAUCGUGCGAUACUCAGUAAUUAUACCAACCCUGAACAAUUUGGUCAGUCUGGUGUCAGGCAUCACUAUAUUCGCGGCUGUGUUCUCCACACUCGUCCCUCUCAAGCCCUACUAUACACAGAGUGACGUCAUCAACGUUCUGAAAGACAGCGGGCCUGGCAGUACUGGCCUUACGUUUAUCUG